AGUGCAGACACACAUACACACACUCUCUCUCUCUCUCUCUCUCUCUCUCUCUCUCUCUUCCGUGAUCGAUCCCGUUGUAUUAAAAUACAGGUCAAUGGAAAAUGUCGCAAAAUCGGCAUAUUGAGUCUUGAAACCGUGAAUCUCAUCUGAGAUUUAGCGUUUUGGCUUUGAAAAUUUUCUCUUCAAAGUGAGGAUUUGGUUUGUCAUUUCUCAGAUUUUGAUUUAUGAGGAGCAGUUCCGGAUGAUUUAGUGCGGAAGUUUGUGUUUCUGUUCGUGCAAUAUGGAUGAUAGAAUACAGGCUGAGCACCAAAUAUCAUCAUCAAUAGACGUCGAACGAAAGAAAUGGGCUUUAUGCUUUUGAUUGCAAAAGAUUAGAUAACAGAAUGCUUUCUGAGAAGCUGACAGGAGAAGAAUCAUUUCAUCAGGAUUUUGAAGUGCUGAGCAUCUCAAAACGGCUAGUGAGAAGUGUCAGUCAAAAAUUAAGAAAGAAGAACCGCAGGAGUGAAGAAGAGGAAGAAGCAAUUACAAGAAGGAUUUCUCUCAACUGUCUUGCUCUAUACGGCAGAGGUGGUGGCUGCAAAGUAGGAGCUGCCACAAGCGAGGAAUUUGGGGAUCCAAAUAGUAGAAGGAAGUCAAGUGCCAGUGAAGAAGGGAAAGGAUACAAAGUUAUAUGUGGUAAUGAGGAAACUGGAGUGGAUUGCUUCUCUUAUGGUGUGAAGGAGAAGUUUUGGAAGAAAAGUAACAAAAAAUAUUUGCAACUUGAGGAGUCAGUUCGAAAUAGCAGGAUGCACAUUUUUCUUCCAGAUGAUAUUCUGGAGAUGUGUUUGGUGAGACUGCCAUUGACCAGUCUCAUGAAUGCUCGUCUUGUGUGCAAGAAAUGGAGAUACUUGACUUCUACUUCCCGGUUCCUGCAGAUGAGACGAGAAGGUUCUCACCAGAAUCCAUGGUUGUUUCUUUUUGGUGCUGUUAGAGAUGGCUAUUGCUCUGGGGAGAUUCACGCAUUGGAUGUAUCUCAAGGACAAGGGCAUAGAAUUGAUGCUGGCAUCCUGAAAGGAAGGUUCAUGUUUUCUGUUGCCAGUAUCCAAGAUGAUAUUUAUAUUGUUGGAGGUUGUUCUAGUUUGACAAACUUUGGUAGGGUUGAUAGAAGCUCAUUCAAGACACAUAAAGGAGUAUUAGUGUUUAGUCCUUUAACUAAAUCUUGGCAUAAAAUUGCAUCAAUGAGGUAUGCAAGGUCAAUGCCUAUUUUGGGAAUAUCUGAGGUUGGUUCAGAUUUCUUGAUCAUUCAAAGUCAUCAAAACCAGCAGGAUAGGCGUUUCCCAAGGUCACGAACUGGUGGGGUGUCCGAUGUUUAUGGGGAUCCUCACAGGAUUUCCUUAAGACGCCAACAAAGAAGUGGUUUUGAUGAAAAUGAGGCUUCAUCCAUGCCAUGCAAAAAAUCACACAAGUACACGAGACAGAAAAGUGAUCAGUCAAACACGAAGGGUUCCAAAAGAUUUGUGCUGAUUGCUGUAGGCGGUCUUGGAUCUUGGGAUGAGAGUCUGGACUCAGGAGAAAUCUAUGAUUCUGCAUCAAAUAAAUGGACCGAAAUCCAGAAGCUGCCUAUAGAUUUUGGAUCUGUUUGUUCAGGGAUUGUUUGUAAUGGAAUUUUUUAUGUUUAUUCUGAGACUGAUAAACUGGCAGGUUAUGACAUAGAAAGGGGGUUUUGGAUUGGAAUUCAAACCUCUCCUUUUCCUCCUCGGGUUCAUGAAUACUAUCCAAAGCUUGUGUCUGGUAAUGGGCGACUAUUCAUGCUUUGUGUCUCAUGGUGUGAAGGAGAUGGUCAGAUUGGCAGGAGAAACAAGGCUAUUAGGAAAUUAUGGGAGCUAGAUCUUAUGUAUCUUAGCUGGUCUGAGGUGUCUGUGCAUCCUGAUGCCCCAAUGGACUGGAAUGCUGCAUUUGUUGCAGACAGGAAUCUGAUAUUUGGAGUUGAAAUGUUCAAAAUAUUUGGUCAGUUGUUGGACUUCUGGACUGUAUAUGAUGUGUCUGAUAUGAGAACAAACUGGAGACAUAUUUCGAGAAACCGCAUGACUCAUGAACUUGAUGCAUCUUCAUGCAUGACAAAAACAAUGGCUCUGUUACAUCUUUAGUUAACUCUGCAAACUGAGCUUAUUGCCGACAAUUUUAGGUAUGUAUUUGCACUCAUGAGGAGAUUUUGGAUGCAUGUUGUGACCUCCGAGUUUCUUAUUGAAUUCUUUGGAUUUGAUGAAA